AGGACUAAAAUGGUAAAAAGUAUUAAUAAAUAAUGCAAUGGAGGAUUUUACAGUUUUGGAGAAAAUUGGACAGGGAAACUUUGGUGUGGUUUACCUAGUAUAUAGUAGACGGGAUCCGGGAUAUUCAGUAAUCAAGCAGAUCAACCUACGAAACCUCAGUUCAGCCGAGAAAGGAAAUGUGUUCCAGGAAACUCAACUUCUUUCCAGUCUCAAGCAUCCCAGCAUUGUACAAUACAAGGAGUCUUUUCAAGAAAAUGGUUUUAUUAACAUUGUGAUGGAACACUGUGCAGGGGGAGAUCUUUAUACACUAAUCAACAGAAGGAGAGGGGUAUAUUUUCAGGAGAGUUUGAUUCUAAAUUUCUUUGCUCAAAUUUGCUCCGCAGUUCUUUUUAUUCAUAAAAGGUAAAGUGCAUCUUUUAAUAAACGGUAGACUGCUUUUUCAUAAAAGCUUGGAGACUUCGGAAUAGCGCGUAUACUUGAAGGGACUGUGGAUUAUGCAAGAACAUUGAUUGGUACACCGUACUAUUUCAGUCCUGAGAUAUGUGAGAACAAACCGUACAACAAUAAAUCUGAUAUCUGGGCUCUAGGC